AUGGGAAGUCCCCUGUGUGUCUCCAUUUUCUUGCUUUUGAGCAUCUUUAUCCAAUCAAGUGCCCAUGGACAAAGCCUUGAACUAGAGCCGUUGGGAAGGGGAGCUCGAGCUGCUAGAAAAAAUGAAACGUUGCAGGAGACGAAGACCAGAUUCCUGCUCUUUGAAGGGGAGACUGAUAAGGGCUGUCAGAUUCAGCUCCACCGCCCAGACACGCUACAGCAGUGCGGCUUCAACGCCUCUCUGCCGCUGGUGAUGAUCAUCCACGGGUGGUCGGUGGACGGGCUGCUGGAAGACUGGAUCUGGCAGAUGGUGGCCGCGCUGAAGUCCCAGGGGGCCCAGCCCGUGAACGUGGCGCUGGCAGACUGGAUCACCCAGGCCCACAACCACUACGCCAUCGCCGUCCGCAACACCCGUCUCGUGGGCCAGGAGGUCGCGGCACUUCUCCGGUGGCUGGAGGAAUCGGCUCCGUUUUCCCGAAGCCAUGUUCAUCUCAUCGGGUACAGCCUGGGCGCGCACGUCUCGGGGUUUGCUGGCAGCUACAUCGGCGGGAAGCACAAGAUCGGGAGAAUCACAGGGUUGGACGCCGCCGGCCCUCUGUUUGAAGGAACUUCCUCCAAUGACCGUCUUUCACCGGAUGACGCCAAUUUUGUGGACGCCAUCCACACCUUCACCCGGGAGCACAUGGGCCUGAGUGUGGGCAUCAAGGAGCCCAUCGCACACUAUGACUUCUACCCCAAUGGGGGCUCCUUCCAGCCUGGCUGCCACUUCCUAGAUCUCUACAAGCACAUCACCAAGCACGGCCUAAAUGCCUUCGCCCAGACCAUAAAAUGCGCCCACGAGCGGUCGGUGCACCUCUUCAUCGACUCCUUGGUGCACCCCGACCUGCAGAGCACGGCCUACCUGUGCAGCGGCAUGGACAGCUUCAGCCAGGGCCUGUGCCUGGACUGCAAGAAGGGCCGCUGCAACACGCUGGGCUACCACACCCGCCAGGGCGGGCAGAGCAAGAAGAGCAAGCAGCUCUUCCUGGUGACGCGAGCCCAGGCCCCGUUCAAAGUUUAUCAUUAUCAGUUCAAGAUCCAGUUCCUCAACCAAAUUGAGAAGCCAGUGGAACCAACGUUUACCAUGUCACUCCUGGGAACAGAAAACGAAAUAGAGAAAAUCCCCAUCACUCUGGGCGAAGGAAUUACUAGUAACAAAACCUACUCCUUUCUUAUCACCUUGGAUUCGGAUAUUGGCGAGCUGCUCACAAUCAAAUUCAAGUGGGAAAACAGUGCCGUGUGGGCCAAUGUCUGGAACACGGUCCAGACCAUCAUCCCGUGGGGCAGAGGGCCCCUCUACUCAGGCCUCAUCCUAAAGAACAUCCGAGUCAAAGCAGGAGAGACCCAGCAAAGAAUGUUAUUUUGCUCAGAAAACAUGGAAGACCUACAACUUCACCCAACCCAGGAGAAAACCUUUGUGAGAUGUGACGUAAGCUCUAAAAAAAAGAAGCGAAAGAACAGAUGA